AUGAUAAAAUCAACUUUUAGUUUAUCAAAAGUAGCUUUAUUUACUAUUUUACUUAUCUAUGUUAAUGGAAUAGGAUGUCCAUUUUGGAAAUCUUAUGCAUCAAACCGUAUUCUGCAUAUCUAAAAGAUAAUUCUUCUUAAAUCAAAUCCAUAAAAUGAAUAAGAAGAUAUUGCUGCUUUAAUUAUGAAUCCGUUUUCAGUUGGAAUAUUUGAUUUAAAUACUAAUCAAUAGUAUGAGUUAGCAGAAAAACAAGAAGCUAUAACAUUUUAUUAAGUAGAUAAAGAUGAUAGAUCAUCUUUAAAAGUGUCUCUCUUGCAUACUUUAGACGCUAAUGGUAGAGUUAUUGAUUGGAACCCUCUAAAUGGAUUGAAAUAAAACGUGAUUUAGAUUCCAAAAAAUAUAAAUAUAAACCAAGAGUCUUGCUUAAACUCAUAAGAAAAACUAGUUUUUUCUUGGAAUACUACUCAUAUAUUUUUAAUAGAUUAUACAUAAUAAUUGAAUCAAAAUUAAGGUGUUAUUGUCGGAGAAAUUAAUUUUUAGAGAUAAUUAAUUAAGUGUUUAAAUGAUAAGCCUAAUAGACGAUUUUUAAUCAUUGAUUCAUAAGGAGGAAUACGUUCAUUUGAUAUUUAAUCUUAAAUGAUGACGCUAUUAAUAUAGCUUGAUUAAUUUAAUUAACUUUAAUCAAUAUUUCUUUCUUAGAGUCAAAUUGCAAUUUCUUAUUUUCAAAUAAAUAAUUAAAAUUUGGUAGUUUCUUACAAAGGUUCCUAACUGUAAUUCUAAUAGAAAAUAGGUUUAACUCCCACCUAGGUUUUAAUAAGUAAUUAAGAAGAUUAAUUAAUAGUAAUUGGAUUAAAUAAUCUGUUUUAAGUAUGGCAAAUAAAUUAAAAUAAACUAAUUUAUUAAGCAGAUUUUUAGUCAAUAAAAUGCGAUUUUAGAGAUUCUACAAAUAUCAAUGUAGAUAGUAUAAUAAAUUUUAAGUUUGGAUCUGUAAGUAAAAAAGAUGAAGUAGUAGCAAUUUCAGAUAAGUAUUUGUUUGCUUUUUCUCUAGAUCAAUAAUAAUCGAUUGCUUUUAAAAAUUAAAAUUUUUAAUUCAAUUUUAUUCAAGCAUACAUAAUAAAUAAUAAAAUAAUUAUAGGCUCUGAUUAAACAGUGUCUAUAUUAGAUAAAUUAACAUAAAAAUUCAAUUAUGUCACAAAUAGUUUUUUGAACACAGAAUCAAAUUAUGAUAUUUUUGUAAAAAUAGAAGUUGACGUAGACUUAAAUAGGAUUAUCUUUACCAACUUAAGCGGUACUAUUUUUAUUUGGUCUUAUUUUGACAACUUAUAUGAAAGAUUUAUUCCUGUUUUUAAUGGCGCGGUAUCUUUUUUUAUUGAUAGGUAGCUGAAUAAAUUAGUUUCAUACGCAUAAAUGACUUAAGCGAAUUAAAAGUAAAAAUAGAUAGUAAUAAUUGAUUAUCGAAACGGAAUAAUAAUAGAUACUCUAUUAUUUUCAUUUUCUAGCCAAAUAAUAUAAUCUUUCUAUUAUGUUUAAGAUAAAACGAAUGGGUAUUUAUUAGGAUACGGAGAAAUUACGACCUAAUAUCAGAUAUUUAGAUUUUAAAAAGAUAACGACCAUACUUUGAUAUUUAAUGGAACUCUUCUUUACAAUUCUGAUUAAAAUUUGCUAAUUUAGAGUUUAUACAUAAUGGAAAAGUAGUAGUAAAUACUUCUUUAAUUUUCCAAUAAAAUUUUCCUCUUUAAUUACUUCUAUAAAGACAGCUAAUUUAACAGUCCUAUAUUGAUUUAAGGUUUGUAGGAUACAAUUUAAUAUUAUUAUAUUAAUACAAAUACUCUAAGCCUAUAUGCGAUUUAGCAAUCAUAAAUUUUGAUAUUUUCAUAUACCUAGCAAUAGUUUUAGAUGGAUAAAUAAUUUAAUAUUUUGGAAAUCAAAAAUCCAAUAAAUACUGAAUUUAUAGAGGAGUAGCAAGUAAUUAUUGUCUUGACAUAAUAGCAAAUAUAUUUCAAUUACUACUACGAUAAUAAAAUAUUUAUAUUUAAUCUAUAAAAUUAGCCAGUCAUUAAAUAUGUGAUAGAUAAAUCUUAAUCUAUCUUGAUUACGAUUAAUAAUUCUUACUAUUUAUAUGUUAUAAACAUAAAAGAUGGCAAUUUACUUUAUUCUUUGAUACUUGAUUUAAAUCAAGUCGAAAUGUUUAACAUAUACAUUGAUCAAUAAAUCGUUACGAUAAGUAGCAUAAAUGGAAAAACCAUAAUUUUUAACUAUACUAAAUAUACCCUUUAAGGUAUCUUAAAUUAUCAAAAAAAUUAAGCUCAAUUUUUAGAUUCAUAAAACAAUAAUCUCUUAGUGAUGUCUAGGGUCAAUCUACUAAAUAAAGUUCUUCCAAGCUUUGGUUUGAUAAAGAGAUUUUAAAUGAAAAUAAUCACCAACUACUACUAUGAGAAGUAAAGCGGUCUUUUGUUUAUCCUGUCUAAUUAAGUUUUAAUUUACAAUUUCAAAUCAUAAGAGUAUCUUCCUCCGUUUCCAACCAUAGAUAUUGAAAAAGCGUAGUAUAUAUAUGCAAUUUCACUCAAAGAUUUUAUAUUUAUCUAAUUUUCUGCAUUAGCUAUUACCAAAAUAUCUAUUUAUAAGUUGAGUACUUAUUAAUAUAUAGGAGAUCUUGAUAUUUCGUACAAACUUUGCGCAUCGCUUGUACUUUUAAAUUAUGACUAAUAUCUAAACAGAUUAUUCGCAGGCUGUACACCAUAAUAUCUAAAUGUCUGGGAUCUUAAUUAAAAUUUUAAGUUAAUAUAAUCUAUAAAAUUAAGUACCCCUGUUUCAAUAAGCUUUAGUGUCGAGACCAAAACUAUCCUAGUUACUCAGUACUCAUGGUUCUCAUGUUCUCUUGAUUAUUACACACUUCAAAAAAAAGUGACUGUAAAUGGAAUAUUUGGUGAUUUAGAUUAUGAAAGAGGUCUUUAAUUCACUUGGGAUUAAAAUGGAGAUUUAAGAAUGUAUGAUUCCAAUUCUAAUUCAUUAGCUUUUUAGCAUGCUCAUUAAGGUUGGGUUAAUUCAGUAAUAAUAGAUAGCACUAACAUGAUCCUUACUUCUAUUGGAUAAGAGUAGCUCAUAGCAAAUUCUAAAGGGAUCGCUUUAAGCAUAGUUCUUAGAUUCGAUAACAGUAAUGUAUAUGUGUGUGAUAACAAUGGAUAUAUUUAUCAGCUAAACUAUCCUAAUUUGAUUUUAAAGAACAUGAUUUAAGUUUAUAAUAGUGUUUUGGAUAUGUUAUAUCUGGACUUUAACCAAAAUAUUCUUAUUUUUGGCUCAUCUUCAGGAAGUAUAUUUGGUUAUUAUAAUUUGAUAGAUUCUAUUGCACCUUAUGCAUAUUAAAAUUAUCAAAGCUAAUAAGGAAUUUUAUCUGUUUCGAAGACUGAAAAAGGAAUUUUAUUUCAUUAAGCUUAAACAGGUGUUUAGCUAUGGAAUAAAUCUAGAUAGUAGAUAUAAUAUGGCUUUUAUACUAUCACUAACUAUUAAUUGUUAGAAUCUAAAACUUAAAUAUUACUUUUGUAAGGUUAGGAAAAGAAAGGUUGUUUGGUUUUGAUGGGCUAAAUAAUAUUUUUUGAUCUUGAAACUUUGGAUGUUUUAAACGUCUAAAGACUUAAUUGUGUGAGGAAUAUUUAAAUUCUUAACUUUCUAAUAUGCUCUUUUAUAAACUAAUUAACUAUACUUAAGGUUAAUGAUUAUUCUACAUUUCAGACUAUUCUUUAAAAUGAAAACUAAUCUACUAUCAGUCUCUAGAAUAUAGAUACAAAAAAUUCAUUUUUUAUAACAACAACUCAAGGAGAGGUUAUUUGCUAUAGCUUUGAUUAAGCAGCAAAUUAAUUUAAAUAGUAAUUCUAUUCAAAAUUGUUUGACAAACCCAUUUCUAAUUACUUAUUUAUCAAAUAAAAUAAUUAUUAUUAUUUUUUUAUCUCGUGCUUUACAGGAUAAUUUGGUUAUCUUUAAAUUUCCUAACAGCUCACAAUUCAGACUCAAAAAUUAAUAAAUUUUUAAGGAACUACUUCUCAUGCUCAUAAGAUUGUAUUUUAAAACGAAAUGGUAUUUGUAAAGAGAGUUAGUGAUUUAUAUUUGGGUGUAUAUGGAUUGGAGUAGUUUAAUUAGAUAAAUAAAAUAUCUAGUCCUUGUUUGGGGUACACAUAUAAAUUUGACAUUAGUACCAAUUUAGAUAUUAUUUUAUAGCAUUGUGUUGGUAUCUAUUAAGUGAAUUCAUUUUCGAAUUUCAAAUAGUUAGCUUCUGGAAGGUACACUAAUUAAAUAAAUCUACCAAAUGUAUAUACUCCAGAUUAAAAUUAAAUAAUAUUUAUUAACAAAAACUAUUUUAUAGAUGUUUACAACCAUCAAAUAUUCAUUUACUAAAUAGAUUAUGCUAAGGCUAAAGUUAUUAUGUUAGGAAAUUUUUUUUAUCCAGAAAAAUAUAUAGGUUAAAUAGUUGAUUAUUUUAUUUUCCAAGAUUAAAAGAAUACAUAUAUUCAGAUUUUAUUUUAUUCUAUUUCUAACAUAGGAAUUCUUCAACUGCCAAUUAGUGGAGAAAAUAUCUGUCAAGAAAAAAUUGCUUAUGAACAAUUUACUUAAACCUUGUUUUAAAUAUAACUAAUUUUUUAGCGAAUUCAAAGUUAUUAUUUAAUUUAAAAACUAAUAUUCUCAUUAACCGUCGUUUAAGAGACUGUUUUAUAACCCUUGCCUUAAUCUUCAUUUUCUUAAAUAACCUAAAUAGAUAUCUUAUUCUAAAUACCAGGCAGAUAAAGUUCUGAUGUUUAGAAGGUAUAUGUCUCAGAGAGUCUAUUCUAAUCUUUUAAUGGGUACUUUUCAAUUAGCUUGGAAAACCUCAUCCUAGAACCAGCAAUUAAAUCAAAUAUAAUUCUCAUAUAUCCAAUUCAGGAUAUCACAUAAUUCUAGCUAAUUAAUAUCCAGUUUGCAUCUCAAGUAUUAUAUUCAUUUUAAAUCUAACGUGUCUAGUCAGUUUUAUUUGAUAGAAUUAGUUUAUUAGGGGUAACUAUAGUUAGCGAUUAACCAAUAAUUCUAUUUCAUUUUAUGUAGGUUAAAAAUAUUAAAUUUAAAUAAAUAUUUAUAAUUGAAUCAUCUUUUACAUAAGUUAUUGUGUUUCAAUUCGAAAGCGAUACAGAAAACAAUAAUCCCUCAUAAAUAUAAAUUAGUAAUUUAUAAAUUAACAAAUCAUCUUUUGUAUACGAUCUAGAUGAUCAGAAUUCAGCUCCUAUCUACAUUCAAAAAUUUAAUGAAGUAAAAUUAAGUUAGUUUACUGCAAAUGAUAAUAAAGGAUCAGCUAUACCUCUUUUAAAAAGCUUUAUGAUAACAAAAUACUCAUUAGAAGAUCUAUUUUUUAUGAAUAACAUAAACUUAAUGCUUUUGCAAUAUUCAAAUAGCAUAUAAAGUUAUCAAAACGAUUUGAAAAUAAUUCAAUAAAAAACCACUGAUGCAAUCUAGAUACAAAACUUAUAAAUCUCAAAUAAUAGAUUUAGCUAACCAUCCUUGUUCCCUAUAUUUUCAAUUACAGUCUCAUAAUUACAGAUUACUGAUAUCUCAGCUGAAUUAAACAUUGCAAACUCUUCUUAUUCUAAUUCUCUGUUUAAUUUGUAGCCAAAAACUUUAAUUAUGACUAAUAUAACUUUAAAAGAAAAUUAAGGUUUUUAAAAUCUUUUUAUGAACUAAAAUAUAUUACAAGGUAGCAUUAAGAAUUUAACUUUGUUGAGCAAUUUGGUAAUUUCUGCUUUAUCAAUAAGGUAAUCUUAAAUUACAAUUUCAAAUAGCUAAAUUUAAUAAAAUUAAUCAAAGUAAACUAAAUAGUCAAACUCUGUUUUUAAUAUUUUAUAAAAUUCUAAAAUUAUCAUGAAUAGUGUCAAAUUUGAAUAAAAUAAAUCAAAUAAUGGAGGAUCAUUAUUUGUAUCUCUUAGUUAACUAUUUAUCAAUAAAUGUUCUUUUUUGGGAGAUACUAGCAUUGCUAGUGGAGGUUCAAUUUUUUCAUAAAACUCAUAAUUAACUAUUUAUUAAAGUGAAUUUUAAUAAUGCUCUUCUCUGAUUGGAGGAUGUCUAUAUGUGCAGGAAGGAUACUUAAAUAUCACAGAAACAAUUUCUCAAAAUACAAUAGCAAAUUAAUCAGGUGGAUUUUUAUACAUUAGUUAAGUUGAUAAUUUUGUUUUAGAAAACGUGAAAAUAUUUAAUAGUGUAUCAUCUGGUGAUGGUGGAUCUCUGUAUAUUUCACAAUCUAUUGGAACAAAUUCUAUUAUAAAAAAUAAUACUUUUAUUAAUAAUUAAGCGAAAGGGAGUGGAGGUGCAAUAUUUUUAGAUAGUUCUAAUUUUUAGAUCGUUCAAUCCAAGUUUGUGAGCAACAGUGCUGGUAUAGGUGGUGCAAUAAGAUAUAUAAAUUUAAAACCUUCUUUUAUGAUGAAAUAAAAAUAAGAGGAUAAAGACUCUUGCAAUACAUACUAAAAUAAUUUUUGCGAAAAGAAUAUUGCUAUCAUAUAUGGUAACUCAAUAGCUAGCUAUCCCACAACUGCUUCAAUUUUAUCUAGCAAGUACUUUAAUGUGCAUUCAGAAUUUCCUAAUUUUAGCUUUGGUAACUUUCAAAGUGGACUCAAUAACUUUGACCUAACAAUUGUUUUUUUUGAUGAGUUUUCUGAUCCUAUCAAUUAAAUUGAUUUAUAGAAUUAAUCUAUCAUUAGUUAAUUGAGCUCUGAUUUAGUAAAGGAAAUCAGCUAAUAUAGCUGUAGGGCUUAUUUGGAAUAGUAAAAUACAAUUCUAUAAAAUCAGACUAUUAAACUAGAUGGUGCAACACUUGCGGAAUAUGGAUAUAAUAGCAAUAAAUAAGGAGGUUGCUUUUUACAUAACUUAAAAAUCACUGGAGUUCCAUCUUCAAAAUAAUCAAUGAAACUACAGCUUAAUGGAAUGAAAUCAGUCAACAAAAAAAAUCAAUUUGCAGAUAUAGAUAAUAUUUAAAUUGAUAUUUAAUUUAGAAGUUGCAAAACUGGAGAAUACUAUAAUUAAAUUUGUUAAAACUGUUUAAUGAAAGAGUGUGUUGAAUGUUAAAAUGGUACAUAUUCACUCGUUUAUCCUAUUGAAAACAAAAAAAAUGAAUGUAAAAGCUGUGAUAUGUCAAAAGUCUAUUCUUGUUAUGGAGAUUAAAUUGUGUUAAGAGAAAAUUAUUGGAGAAAAAACAAUGAUUCAGAUUUAAUUUAUAAGUGUGAUAUCAUAAAUAAUUCUUGUAAUGGAGAUGCAUAAAAAGGUUAUUGUGCAGAAGGAUAUGUUGGGGCUUUGUGUUCAUUUUGUGACAUUUCUGGAAGUGUAUGGGGAGAAUCAUAUUAAUUUGAUAAUUCUGUAUUAUAUAAUGGAAUUUAAUGCUCUAAAUGCUCCUUCAAUUCAUCUUAUUUGCUUCGAGAAAUUAUAAUAUUUAUAAUAAUAUUAUUAUACAUGGUUUUCUUAGUAAUUUAAUCUCAGGAUAGCAACUGCAAAGUAUGCGCUAUGAGAAUAUUAUAGUCUCUUGAUUUGCUAUAUUUAGGUGUUUCAUCAUUUUUAUCAGAUAAUGAAGUUAUAUCUAAAAUAAUUAUUAACUAGUUUCAAAUACUUUCUACAUUAAAGUAUAGCUUAGGUUUGAAUAUUUCAUAGUUAUUUUCAAAUUUAUUAACUAUUCCUUAGACUGCAUCUUAGCCUAUCAAUUAGUUCACAUAUUCGUUUGACUGCUUUUUUACUAAACUAAAUAUAAAGAUGCCGAUAUAGUAUUUUAGAUUUAUCUUUCUCUCUAUUAUAUUCCCAUUGUCAAUGAUCAUUUUCUUUUUUAUCCUAGUAUAAUUCAUUCUAUCUGCAAUAUAAGAAUUUGCUCCAUAGAAUUAUUUCUUUUAUAAAACUAAAUAUAUGAGAUUGAAUGUAAUGAUAAGUAUGUUGAUAGUCUUUUCUUAUAUUGCUUCAUAAAAUAUUUAUUAAACUGCUCUUUAAAAUAUUUUUUGUGAUGAAUACAGUGGAACUUAUUAUAUGAAGAGCUAAAUGGAUUAAAUUUGCUAUACCAAAGAACACUAUUUUUAUAUUCUCUUCCUUAUAGGUCCUGUUCUAUUCAUAGUAGCAAUAGUAUAUCCAUCUAUUAUGUUUUUAAUCCUUUAUCGAAAUAGAUUUAAAUUAUUUGACCAAAAAUUGAAGUCAAUUAAUUUAAUCAGGAGGUAUGGAUAUUUAUUUAAAGGAUAUAAAAAAAAUACGUGGUGGUGGGAAAUAUUCAAAACAUGGUAUAAAUUUUUAAUCAUCUUAUUGGCUACAUAUUAUAGUUCCUCUACUUUAAUAUAGAUACAAUCUAUCAUAUUUUUACAAUUAAUAUAUCUCUAUUUGCUUAUGAAAUACUAGCCAUAUCAACAUUCAAAAAUGAACAUAUUAGAAAAAAGAUCUGUAAUAUGCACACUGAUGAUAUUUUAAAUAUCAAUUGUAUAUUAUUACAAUUAAGACAAUAUCUUAUCUAAAUUUUCAUAAAUUGGGAUUAUUUUCUAUUUGGUGAUUUUGUUUGGGAGGCUGUUUUUCAGCGUUUUAGAAGUUCAACUAAGACUAAAUUACUAUUUAUUAUCAAAAAUGAAUGGAGUAAGAUCAUUCUUAAGAAGGAACCUAUCACCAAAAUCAAAAAAAGGAAUUAAAUUUUUGCUAAAAAAAUAUUUAUUCUAAAGCAACUGGAGCUUAUAUAAUAUUAUUUACAAAAAAAAUUAUGAUCCUUAUAGAGUUUUUAGCAACUGGAGAAAAGUUAGAAUUGCUUUUUAAUAAAGAAAACUAGAAUAAAUCUCAAAUUAAAAGAUUAGUAAAUUUGUGAAAAAGCAGAAGAUGAUCAUUCCUUUACGUAAUUUUGAUGACCCUUUUAAAAGUUUAUAGUAUGGUUAAUGUAGACCAAGGUUUGCUUAAGAAUAGCCUUUAAGUUUUUAACAAUAAGAGAUUGAUUCAAAAAAUUUGCUUCAAAUACCUCAGCCUAAAAGUAUUUUUUAUCCUAAAUAAGGAAAAAACCUUCAUAGUAAUAUUCUAAAUAUUUCUUAAAUUGAACCAUCUAAUUUGAUGUCUCAAAUUAGUUAAAAUGGUAACAAUUUAGUAAAGGCAAAUAAAAAGAAACACUUUUUCAAAUUAAAGUGA